CCGAUCCAUUCGUUCCUUUUCUCGCGCCUCCUUCUCUCCAUCAGCAGAUAAGCUCGGUCGGAAAACGCUCUUCACUAGCGUCAUUCUAGACCUAUCUCCCGCCAGCCAUUCUCAUUUCUUGGAGCCAGGCUCUCGCUCACAGACAGGAAGUGGAGACACGCGAAGCAUAAUCUGCUCUGUCUGUCUGUCUGCGCGCGCGUGUGUGUGUGUGUGUGUAUGUGAGUGAGCAUCUGCGAGAAGCAGCAUCACCAGCCGUUUUUCCAACACGGUUUUGCUUCGACAGUGACCGCCCUCGUCUUUGUGUGUAUGUGAUCUGCGAGCAGAAGAUCGUUUCGUGGAUAUUGCCUCUGUGUUCAUAAAGGAAAAGUUUGUGAUGUAAAUACAGGAGAAGCUUGUAAUAUAAAUGAUUAUAUUCCCUGAGCAUCUGAUGCAGUGCUGGGAGACUUCUUGAUGAUGUACCAGUGCCACUAGCAGCAGCUUUACCUGGACAGUUUUUUUUCUCUAAGAUUCCUCAGCAAGAUGGAGUCUGAGGACACGAACGGUAUCCUGGACUACCCGCCCCCCUCCCCCCAGCCUGUGGGGAUCUACGGCUGGAGAAAGCGGUGUAUCUACGCCUUUGUGCUCAUCCUUAUGGUCGUGGUCAUUAUGAACUUGGCACUCACGGUCUGGAUUCUGCGCGUGCUGGAUUUCUCUGUUGGCAGCCCCCUGUACCUCCAGUCAGAAAAAGCUGUUGAGAUCUUGGCUGUAUCGGAGAACCAGACAUCAUCUAGCAGUGUUGUUGUCGAUUCCGACAGUAUACAGGCCACGUGUGACGUAUUUAAGGUGGAGAACUCUAAAGGUGACGUCAGUCUCAUGUUGAAGGAUGGGAAAAUAUCUAUGUCAUCUACAGAUGUAGCUUACUCAGAAUCCGCGCUGACUCCAGUAAGGUCCAGGUGUCCGGUAUGGGCGGAGUUGUGAUGGACGGUGACCUUGGUCACGUGAUGGUCACUGCUACUGAGGAUAUCUGUGUGACCUCCACCACAGGGGCUAUCCACCUACGUAGCCAGGACGUGGUCAUCAAAGGCCUCCCAGGCGCCAACAGCACUACGUCAUCAUCCUCGGCCCCCUCCCGCCCCUACUCCCCGCCAUCCUACUCCUCCUUCACGCCUGCCGUAGCACAGGUCUUCCAGCUGUGUCUCUGUGGGAACGGGCGUCUAUUCCUGGGUCUGCCCAGUGGGGAUUGCAGGGCUUCUGCCAGCAUCUGUAGUCCUUAGACUUUGAGACAGUUUCUUGACCUUUGGUCAAGCUUACAGGCUAUGUUAGUUUUGUGACAGUUUGGAUCAUUCAAGCCCACAUCUGGUCAAACCAACAAUGCUGCGAUGGUUACGCAACUAUUGUCAAAAGUUUUUGACUAGUCACACUACAGACAUGUAUGCGAUCCUUGACCACAGAGGCGAUUUAAACUGUGGAACUAUAUGCCCGCUUCUUGGUUUUUAUAAAAAGGUUUUUAAUUGGUUAACCCUGCAGACUAUGUUCUUGCCGUAAGUGUUGUGAUUGGAAAAAAACCCACAAACUGUUCUCUUCUGAGCCAUUCUGGCUGGUUUUAACUGACUGGUCAAGCCUACAAACGACAUUGCUGCUAUUGUGGCAUUUUUCCAAGAAGGUUUUGCGCAACACUGCAACAAAGAACAAGUUAUUAUGCUUCGCUCUUCACAUCUUGCCUUAAUGUGCGUCAGUUUGUGGCUGGAUACAAGAGAAACUUCGCACUAACCACCCACCUAAAUGCUGUAUCACCGACACGUGCUUGACAAUGUUGUGAACCUGAGCUCAUUCAGCGUGCAGCCCUUGGAGUCUCAUCGUGGUUCUUAACUUGAACCGAAAGAGAGUGAAUCAUCCGUGAGUCACGAAGGAUGCUACCUGUGUCUAUGAUGUAGUGAUUUGGUGCUUCGCUCUUGCACACAAAAGACCUUGAUUUGAUUCACAUAUGGGGAGAAUGUGUAUCGAGUAGCUCGGACAUUCUCCCUGGAUUUGCCGAAUUUGCCCUGAAAGUCUGGAUUGAAGCCUGUCUCCUGAUCUAAAUUGUGUUGAUGGAGAUGUAAAACCUACCUUUAAAAAGGCAGUAAAUGAUAGGUGAGUCAGGAAGGAAGAUGAGACUACGUAUGAGAACUACACGAGAAAUAUUCGAAAGACAUGUGAA